AUGACUCCAACUCCCCAAGAAUUCUUCAAAACUCCGUCAAAUUUGCGCACUUUUCGCAUUUCUACAUCGACUGAUGAUUUGUUUGUUAACAUUCAAUUUUUGGCGGAAUACUCGGAGUUUUUCAAUAUGUGAGUUUUUUUCCGGGUUUCGGGAAGAAAUUUUUCAGGGGUCACAGAAAAGAAAACAUAGAACAGAACAGGUGCUUUUGUUAUCAUUUUUUGAAAGAAAGAUUAUGAUAGCAUGCUGAAUUCAGAUUUCAUUGAUAUUGAAAGUUUAUAGAACAAAGUUUUACUAUGAUAUGAGAAAUUUGAAUUUAAAAAUCUUUAAGAAGUGAUCUUUCUACAUGAAAAAAUAUAUCUGAAAUUUAUUUUAUUUUGAAAACAACUAAAACCAUAGAAAAUAAUUAUAAAAUACAAAGUUCUAACGUUAUAUUUGAAUUUUGAUUGUAUUUUAAUUGAUAGUCAAAAUUAUUUUUAAAAACAUUUUUUAUUAAUCAUAGGAAAAAAACCUAAAAACGACUCAAAAUUGUAUAAAUUCUAAUUUUCAGAAUGUUGAACGGAGAAUUUCGCGAGAAACAAGAAAUGAAAGCAACAAUUCCAGACGUCGAAGCUGAUGAUUUAAUCGAUUUUCUCUCAUUCAUCUGUCCAGUUAAUUAUAAGCUGAACCAAGUUAUCACAGGUAAACAAAUUCAAAUAGCCCGAAUAAAGAAAAUUGAUAUUUUCAGAGUCAAACAUCUACAACUUGCUCUAUUUUUCUGAUCGUUUGAUGUGCCCAUUUAUCAAAGAACACAUCAAGAAAUGGUUGAUUGGAAAUGAAUUCAAAGCUGGUACUUACACUGCAGAUGUUCUUGUUAAUUCAGCAGUUCUUUUGCAUACACAGGGAUUUGGGUGAGAUUUUUUUUGAAAAAAAUGGGAGAGCAAAGCUGGAAAUCAAGCCAGUUUCAAAAUCAGAAGUACUAUGUAGAUGUUUCAAGAAAAUUUUUGUUUCAGGGGAGCUGAAAUGACACCAGUUUUCAAAAAGCUUGGGUCAAUGAAUCUCACGCAAGUCUCAAAGACACUUGACAUAAUUGAUCCAACUAUCAAAGCAAUCUUCGAGGAGAAAAUUCGUGUUCACACACCAGUAAGUUCAUUUUUCGCUUUAAUUGCAAUUUCAUUUUUCAUUAUUAUUUUUAAAAUUUUCAGUACACAUUUGCUCGAAGAGAACCAGGAAAUCAAUGGGGAGAUUAUGACUACAGAGCUAGAAUUUUCUUCUAA